AGGAUCAAGGAGGUCGUCUCCGUGUCGCAUCUCCCGCUGAUCGCCGACGCGGACACCGGCUUCGGCGAGGGCGAAAUGGUCCGAAGAACUGUCGAGGAGUACUGUUGGGCAGGGGCUGCUGGAUUGCACAUCGAGGAUCAGGAAGGGAUGCACCCUGCAGGGUAAACAACAACUGCCGAGUGCCAAGUGCUCCACAAGACUCUGCCGACCACUGCAGUAUAGAUAGAAGAUGAUAGAAGCCUACUCUACGGUUCACAUCGCUUCAUAUCGUCCGAUGACCCCCUCCACUCACCCAACUACACCCCAUCAUCACCCCAUCAUCCGCCUUUCCCUGGAUCGACCGGUGGCUCCAAAGACCAGGUCACACUCAUAUGUUCACCCUGGUCAUUCACCAGUUUCUCUGUACCACUCCAUCUUUUUCAGCGUCAACACACCAUGCCGUUUUCCGAGUUCGGCGUCAACACACCAGGUCUUCCCGAAGCGCUGUGGCCACUUGGACGGCAAGGCCUUGGUGCCCAUCGAUGUCUUCGUGGAGAAGGUCGAGCGGGCGGCGGAAGCCUCGCGCCACUGCUCGGACGGCGAGUUCAUCAUUUGCGCGCGGACGGAUGCUGCUGGGGUGCCAGGGGAGGGCUUUGAUCGAGCUGUCGAACGAGCUGGCGCCUACGUCCAAGCUGGUGCAGACAUGAUCUUCCCCGAGGGCCUACAGUCGGAGGAAGACUUUGGAAAGUUUGCCGAGGCCAUGAAGAAGCUGUCAGGUUCAGCACCUGGUGGUGGGCCCUUCAUGCUGGCCAACAUGACUGAGUUUGGGAAGACGCCCUACUUGACCUUGGAUCGCUUUCAUGAACUGGGCUAUCACUGUGUGAUCUAUCCCGUGAGUACCUUGCGCGCGGCGAUGAAAGGAGUGGAGGAGUGCCUGCAGACCUUGAAGGACCAGGGCACUUUGGAGCCUUUCUUGGACCGAAUGCAGACACGUCCCUCAGCGCUGGUCCCGUGCCGCGUUGCGCGGAAGACCAGUCACUGAGGUCCACACUCCGAGCUGGUCAGCUGUGGGUUCAAUGUAAGCGUUGAGCUGACCGCCUUGUCAUCGGAUCCGAUUGGAUGAAAUGCGCACUUCACAACAUUUGUUGAUAUUCUCUUUGUAUAUUCUUCACAUGUUCUACAAUCCUGUAUUUACUUUGGGAUUCUUAAGAACCACUAUAUAUACUGGGGGUUGCUGACCGAUACAUCAAUGCUGGAAGCUGAGAAUGGCUGAGAAGAGUUUUGGCAAUAAUUGGUUUGCACAACUAUUCAAAAGGACAUUGUGUUGACAGAUGUUGACAGGUUCCUACACCAUUAGUCGUGAUAAUCACAAGACCCUAUUGAAUGCUGGGAAUUCUCCAUGCGAAGAUUAGCAGUAGAUUGGUGGUA